UCUAUCGCACACUCCCUCAAACACUCAUUUCAUUGUCCCAGAGCCUGGAAAGAGGGAUUUACUGGACACUUCUCUUGUCUGAAAUCUCAUUUAAAAUAACGGAUUUUUCUCGUUUGUCGUCUUUAAACCGGCUGAUUUCCGUAAUCAUGAACCGGUAGUGAGCGCGUGGAUCUGCACCGGCUUUGACUGAGCGACACCUGCUCUGUCUCUCUCUCUCAAACCCACACACACACACACACACACACACUCUCCUCUGUCUUUUGUCUCUGGCAUCUCUGCAGCCCACAGCCAGCAGCGCUGAGGAGCAGGAAGAGGAGGAGAAGGAGGAGGAGGAGCGGGGUGUACCUGACACCUACAGCCGCGCGGCGCAGCUCUCUUCUCCGGCAGAAACACCCAGGACUCUCCUGCCCCCGGUGCCUCUCUUCUCUCACCGGGUUGUCCGCGUGUAAGUUACCCGGAGCUGAGUGCACUUUGAACGGGGAAACGCUGCCUCUUUGACGGACUGGAAACUCUUUAAAAAAAUCAAAAGAUAGCAACAAAACAUUGAAGAAUCUUCCAAGAACUCCUGCUUGUUUGAAUCGGAGCAGAAUUCCUCAGGAUUUUCAGACUGACUGUGACAAAAGAAAGGACUACACUUCCUGAGAAGAUGCGUCUCCCGGUGCUUCUCUGUGUGGUGGCGUGCCUCUCUGCAGCACCGGGCCCGGUGGCCGGGGCGGACAGGAGCUGCACCGACCUGCGGCAGUUCUACUCCGGGAAAGGGUUCACUCUACUGGACGUACCCCAGACAGAGAUCUCCGGUGAACAUCUGGGAAUGUGUCCUCAGGGUCCAACAUGUUGUACCAGCACCAUGGAGGAGAACCUGGGCAGUCUGAGCGCACAAGAGACCGAGGGACUGAUCAGAGAGGCUGGCAGGUCGCUGCAGUCUUCCUUCAACGCUCUCCACAGGAGCUUCGACUCUUAUUUCAUUGAGCUGCAUGGUCGCUCCGAGCGCUCCCUCCAGGAGGCGCUGUCUCCACUCGGCCCCCUGUACUCCCAGAACACUCGACUUUAUGCAGACCUCUACACAGACCUGCGACAGUACUACCGGGGCUCGGCUCUCAACCUGGAUGAGACCUUGUCUGAGUUCUGGUCCCGCCUCCUGGAGCGCACCUUUAAAAUCUCCGCCCCGACAGAUGUCAACCUGUCAGAGGACUACCUUGAAUGUGUAGCUAAGCAACAGGAGACGCUCCGGCCAUUUGGAGAUGUCCCACGGGACAUGAAGGCGAAGCUGAUACGGGCUUUUGUCACAGCCAGGUCGUUUGACCAGGGGCUGAUAAUCAGCGGAGAGGUGGUCAGGAAGGUCUCACAGGUUCAUUUGAGUCCAGAGUGCAUGAAGGCCCUGAUGAAGCUGGUCUACUGCCCCCACUGUCGCGGCAUGGCCUCAGUUAAACCCUGCUCCAACUACUGUUCCAACGUGAUGAAGGGCUGCCUGGCGAACCAAGCUGACCUGGACCCCGAGUGGCAGAACCUUAUAGACACCAUGAUCCAGGUGGCCUCUAGCUUCAGCACGGAGCCCAGUCUCGAUGUGGUUCUCUCCUCCAUCCCUGCUCGGAUCUUCGAGGCUGUUCGCUACCUGCAGGAAAACAUGGACGCAUUCACUGCAAAAGUGUACCAGACAUGUGGAACUCCAGGUGAACCAGGAACAGGAAGUCCCACCAUCAAUGAGCAGAGAAAGAAGAGCGGCUCCCUGACUGCAUCAGAGUACAAACCCUCUCCAACCGCGGGGCUCAGACUGGAGAUGCAGGUGUCAGAACUGUCCAGUAAGCUGAGGGAGAUGCGGCAGUACUGGAUACAGCUCCCUGUGGCACUUUGCAGCAAGCUGGCAGCAGGAGGUACCGGUCAGGAUAAAUGCUGGAACGGCAUAACUAAAGCCAGGUACCUUCCUGAGGUGAUGGGCGACGGCUUGGCCAAUCAGAUCAACAACCCAGAGGUGGAGCUCGACAUCACAAAGCCUGACAUGACAAUCCGGCAGCAGAUCAUGCAACUUAAAAUCAUGAGCAACAGGCUGAAAAACGCACUGGAUGGCAAUGACGUGGACUUCCAGGAUGCAAGUGAUGACAUCAGCGGCUCAGGAAGCGGGAUGUGCGUAAGUGGCCACUGUUCUCGGAACAGACCGGGAUUGUACUCCUACCCACCAGACAACAACCGUGUCAGAGGCGCAGCCGCGUCUCAAACCCGCCUCUCUGGCCUCCUACUCCUGCUCCCGCUCACCAUCCUGCUGCUCCAGCGAUGAUGGACAGCCGCUGCCUCCAUUCAGACUCUGAAGUCUAGAGGAGGGCUGAACCAUGGGACUGGUGGGAGAGAAAGAUUGGAACGUAACUUUGCCAAAAAAUGAAAAAAGACAUUUGGAGAAAAGAAUGGACGACAUUUUCUUUGAGCAAACGGAGCAAAACUUGACAGUGACAAUGUUCUUUAUUUAGUUUUGCUCAGUUUUAAUGUCUUAGUUUGGGUGUGAUUCAGUUUGUUGAGCUGGUUUCAAUGGAUUGUUGGACAAAGACGGAAGUUGAGGGAGGUGAAGAAGACAAAAAGAAUGAUGGUUGGGAUGAUAAAGAUGAUAGGGAUAUUGAUAAUGACUUAUUAAAAACUCUAUCAGGUCCAUUUAGCUCCAGUUUCCAGGUGGCAGAGCUCAGUGAAAAAAAUGUUUAGUGCCCUGAUAUGUGGUGCGUUCAACAAGGCUUUUUUUAAUUUUAUUUUGUUUUUUUGAUCCCGAGUUGAGGUUGUCUACCUUUACAAUGUGUGAGUUGUAAAUGUUUGUGUACAUUAGCUAAAAAACUGGCACCAUAUUGAGCCAUGAAUGUACAGUAUAAUACUAUAUUGGCAAUGAACCCCCCCCAUAAUCUGUGAUGUAGUCGUCCAGAUGUUUCGGUGUGUGUUGGCAUAAACGAAUACAUGUUGUGAUUGCAAGAUUUUCCCUCACUUUUACAGUAUACCCAACCAUUUCAAAGGAAAAAAGGAGAUUGCAAUUUUUUUUAAACAACUCAUCACCCUUGAAAAGAAAUGAGCAGUCACGUCUAAUCACUUGUAAACAAGCACAGACAAGCAGUUUUCUUUCCUGCAAUGAAGACAGAAAUCUGCACAUUAUUCUGACACUUCUGGUUGCAAUAACCUCAAAAAUCCCCUCAGAGAACAUUUUAUGAUGCAGUAAUGCAAGAGAGGACUCCUUGUUGAACGCACACCUGCGUUAAGUAAAUGAAGUCUUAGAAGCAACACAGUGGCUGAUAUAUAGUCGAUAAAAACCAAAGCACUUAUUAAACUAAACAAUUUUUUACAUUUUCUGACAGCAGAUGACGCCCCGGGUUCGGUUGUGACAACCCUCUCUUUAGGUUUUUUAACUGCAUAAUGUUAAAGAAAAAAAAUGCAUCAGUGAGAAAACAAAGGUUUUGUACAUAUAGUACAGGAGGUGUGCAGAAUAUUGAGGACAUGUAUACAUUUGCCUGGUGAUGCAUAAUUUACUCGGCAUGCCUUUCUUUCCGUCUACACUACUACUCUGGUACAUAAGGGAGUCUUGAUUCACACAGGUCUCUUGCACAUACACACAUGUACACACACUGAGGUUGUGUAUUGAGCUUUUGGUCCAUCAGUGUAUUUUAUCACACAUUUCAUUCAUUAAACUCUGUUUGACUGUAGCAGUGGAUUUUGCCAUGUACAUUUUGAUUAUACACAUAAAAGGUCAAAACUCUAUAAUGUCUUUGUGGCUCUGGAUGCAACACAAUCCCCAGAAAAAAAUGUUGGCUUUGUAUGUUUCCGCAAACCACUGAUAAGUUACAAUUGCACGUUUUUAUCUCAAAUAUUUUUAAAUGGUGUUUUUCAACAAAAAAUAAUGGACAUAAGUGCUGUGAUGUCGGUCAUUGGUUUUGAAGCCUUGGGUUUGGCAUUUUUGCCGUUGCAAUCUUGCUUUUUUUAGCCAGAAGUGACUACAUUUGGACAAGAUUGAAGCUAGAGAUCAAAACCGUUUGUUGUACCAGGCUGUAAACACGUUGAUUUUGCUGUAAAGUUGGACGUUGUAACAUGGGGGUCUAUGGGAUUGAAUCGCUUCUGGAGUCAGCUUCAAGUGGCCAUUCAGCGAACUGCAGUUUUUGGCACUACCGUGUUGGCUUAAUUUUUCAGCUCCGAGGUUGCAGCUUUCUUAAAAUGCAUGGUUUUUGGGGCACAGUAUCGGCAGGAAAAGCAGUAAUGUCUGUAAAAAAACAACCGCUGGAAAACUGCUGGUCAUUACAAAAUACCCAUGUUUUGUGCAGAAAAAAAAGCUGGAAAAACACACCAGUGAUUCUCUAAAUCACAGCCAGCUUUGUUAUUAGGCUAGCUGUUCUCGAACAUUGGUCUGCAGUGGUCUGCAGCAUAGCAGUCAUCUUGCCUUGGUGUCACACACUCCACCGUCCCCUCCACCUCCAGAUGACAAUAUACUACAUCACUUUUUUUCUCUGCAGUAAUAUACAAUACCAACAUUUUCCUCUGGUGUCUGAGCUGCUGGAUGGAGCUUUCUGAAGCUCAAGAAAAUAAGAUGUCAUUGGGAAGUCAUCAGCUUGGUAGUGGAGGCAAAAAAAAUUAGAACAGAAAGGUUAUAAACUGGGCCAUCAUGUUUGAAAAAUGUGUCUUUUUAACUGAAAGGGAAGUUUAAACAAAGUUAUUCUACCAAGUUUUACUACAGCAAAUGUAGUAUUGGGUGUUUAUGGACCUUGACUCAUACUAGAGACUAAAAGUUGGCAUACCUCUGCCUCUGCAGCUUCAUUUUUUUUUUACCAUUCUCUGGAUGGUUUACCACAUCAGCCAAGACAAUAUGCAUUGGUGAUGGUAAAAAGUCAUGUUCUCCUCCAGGUUAGGCCAAGCAGUGAGAUAAUAAUAAAAAAAACCAACAACAAUUACUUUCCAGUUUACUUAAUGUUGAAGUUCAUGGUAUAGCUUGGAAGUCUGAAAAGCAGCAGGCACUCUGAUUGCAAGUUAAUAAAAAGUCUUCAACAUGGUAUCUUGAUAUCCUGAUGACGAAUGUUUAAGUCGAAAUACAUUGGUCAUCCAUGUGAAAGCAAAGCAUUUCACAUGGAUAAAGCAAAGCAUUUAAAGCACCCUGAUGCAUGCUUUUCAGGCUGCCAACCUUUACCAUGGACUUCUACUUUAAGUAAGCUGGACUGUCAUUGUUAUUACAUAACGGUGAUUCAUGUUCCACGAAGGACGGAUUCUAAUGACUUUGUUUUUCUUGAAAAACUCAACUUGCCAGCUGCACUACAGCUAUAAAUAAAGAUAUAAGUCUUGGUACCAGGCACCGAAAAGCCUCACAUUGCCCUGCUGGAGAAAAACGGGGCCAUGUGCUGUGUGUGGGGAUGACAAUCCUGCACCAGUCAGGGGGUUUGGAGUUAAUGAAUGAUUUAUUCUCCUGAUGCAUAUGAAGCAGAGCAGCGGGCACAAACACAAAGAGUUCACUUCACAAGUUUCUGUCUUUAAAUGAUGGAAAAGUCGUGAAUGUUUCAGUGUACAGGGCUCACAUUUCAUUUCUCAGCAUCUUGACUAUCUGUGGCUGAGCAGACCUGAUCUGAACAUCUGUCCUUUUUCUACAUCACGUGUCUUUUCCCUUAAAAUGUGUCUCAUUCUGUAAUUGUGAAUGAUGUGACGGAAGAAUCUGAGCUUUCAGUUUCACUGAGAUGUGGGAGGGCAUGUGUAGCAGCCACAGUCUACCACGCUGUUGAUUUUACUUGUCUAGACAUGAAGAAGAUUAAUCGAUGCCCAUCUCUCUGAGCUGAGCUGUCUGUCCAUGACCACCAUGUCGAGUCCCGCGGGUGAGAGAUAUCUUUUUACAAAAGGUGCCAUAACUCUUGCUGCACAAAUUCCAAAAAUGUAACUUAACUCUAGGGACAGCUUAAACAUAAUUGUUGUGCUUCUGUGGCAGACAGCAGGACUAUAAUCGAUUUUUGGGUCUCCACCUGUGGUUUAUGAAGAAACAGACUCAGUGCUAAUGUGUUUUUUUGAAGAUGUGACUGCUUUCAAAUGCCCCCAACUGCUGGCUUUAAGAUAAGAAGCAUCCCCAUCUCUUUGUCUGCUUUUCACUAACACACAACUCUUUAAGAUAAUGUGUACAAGGACGCAAGAGCCACUGAAUAAAGGUGAUUGUCAUAGUGGUA